AUGAAAGCGAUCGCGACAUUUCUUUUUCUUUUUAUUGGGAUUGCGGAGGUAUUGUCUCUCUCCGAACCUCUGCGACUCGUAUCUGCAUUUUCUCAUAUCACCGGUGAGCUCGACAAGCUUAGCCUUGGGAAUUGUUCAUUGAAAGGCCUAGAGCUCCCGCUCAAUCAUACCAAGACAAGGCUUCCUGGGCCAUCGUCCCAUCUGAGUCUAAAGUUCGUUGCUAUUGGCCGCGGCACCCAGAACUAUUCAUGCUCAUCUUCGGAAACAUCAUCUCACCCGAAAAAGUCAUCAACCCCAGUAGCGACUGGGGCAGCGGCUACACUUUUCGACGCAUCUUGCUUGGCAUCGCAGUCACUUACACUGCUCCAUGAAUUUCCCGCUGCUAUUGGCCAUAUUUCGCCUGGUUCUCUUGCUUUCAUGGCGGAGGCUCUCACUCUAAUUACGAAUACGUCCGAACUCAUCAUCGGCGAGCACUAUUUCAAUACUGCAGGUGAUCCCUUCUUUGACUUGAGCAUGAGUGGACUGGAUAUGUGGAUUGAUGCCAAGAAAAAGGCGUCUGUGAAUGCACCGACGAGGGUAUCUAGGUCGUCUGGAAAAGAUGAGAGUGACGUUCCAUGGUUGAAGCUCGGAUGUAAGAACUGCAAGGACAUUCAAGAAGUUUAUCGAGUCCUGACUUUCGAAGGAGUUGCACCCUCAACCUGCAUGGGCCAGAAUGAUACGGUUCUCAUCCAAUACGCUGCUGAAUACUGGUUUUACGGGUAA